GCGCCGCUCCCGGGCGGCGCCCCGGGCGGCGGCAGCUCCUCCGGGCACACGUACUCGGAGGAAAGCAGCAGCACGGUGGAUUGGGGGAAGGCCGGCAGCACGGGCGGCAGCGGGAGCAUCGACGAGCACCUCUGGAGCUGCGCCCACUUCUUGCCCGAGCGGCCUCUGCCACGGCCACCCCGAUCUCGCAGAGGAUGUGUGUUGGCUCGCGGCCCCUGGCGAGGGACAGGCGAGACAAGUCAGA